CGGGGCCGUGAAGGGCCAUGGGCAGCGUGCGCUGGGCUUUCCCGUGCGGGGCCUGGCGCCCCCGCCGCCGUGAGUGGCUGCUGGCCGCGCAGCUGGUGCAGCCCGAGGAGAAGGACCGCAUCGGCCAGUUUGUCUUUGCUCGCGAUGCCAAAGCCGCCUUGGCUGGUCGCCUGCUGAUGCGGAAAUUAAUUGCAGAAAAGAUGUGCAUACCUUGGAAUGAAGUACACUUGCAAAGGACAUCGAAAGGAAAACCUUUCCUGGCCAAUACUGUAGUCAGUAUCAAUUCGAAUUACAACUUCAAUAUCUCUCAUCAAGGAGAUUAUGCAGUCCUUGCAGCUGAGCCUGAGCUUCAAGUGGGCAUUGAUAUAAUGAAGACUAAUUUACCAGGUAGUAGCUCAGUUCCAAAUUUCUUUCACAUCAUGAAGCGACAGUUUACUGAGACAGAGUGGGAUGUAAUCAAGUCUAUGAGUAAUGAAUGGAUGCAGCUGGAUAUGUUUUAUCGGCACUGGGCCUUAAAGGAAAGCUUCUUAAAGGCUAUUGGAGUUGGAAUUGGCUUUAACUUGCAAAGAAUUGAGUUUAAUGUAUCCCCAUUGCAGCUGGAAGUAGGACAGGUGUAUGAAACCCGGUUCGAUGACCAUCAUCAUGUUGCAGUGGCACUCGGGAAACAGACGGGAUUUCUGCAAAAGGAUUCUGAUGUACGUUCCAUGGAGCCUAACCCACCACAGUUUACGUUACUGACUUUUGAAGAUUUAGUUGCAUCUGGUAUUCCAGUUGCACCUGAGGAUUCUACAUAUUGGGACAACUUUUGUUCAAAGCAGGAGAGUCCAGUGCAACAGAGUUCACAUUCAAGAUAAAAAUGCUUAUAAGAAAAAGAAAAUUGUUGAAGAUUUCGUGCUGUUAUUCUGCAUAAUUCCAAGUAUGGGAAUAAGUGCAUGUGUGUAGAUGAA